AAUGAAUAAAGCGAUUAUAAAAGCCGUUUUUCUGUUCGUUUUUGUUAACAUUUCUUUUCAAACUGAUGUAUGGAGUCAAUGUAUCAGAAAAAAUGAAUUCCUAGAAUGUCUCAAUAAUCCCAUGGGAGAAGUUUUAGAUUUAGUGGCGACCCCUAGAGGUGUGGCAUUUCUAAAGUUAUCAGGCAAUGGAAUUCAAGAAAUUAGAAGUUUGUUUGAUGGAGGAACCUCCAGCUAUUUACUUGGAGUAUUUAUAGAUAAUAACCCUAUUUAUAUCAUCCAAGAUGAUGCAUUUAAAAUUUUUCCAUCUUUAAGAGAACUGAUUAUAAAAAACUCAUUCUUAAAUGCAGUACCAAAUGCUGUUAGAAGAAUUCAACUUUUAUAUAAGUUAGAUCUUUCUAAUAAUCCAAUCAAAGACUAUGGAAGUGGCUCAUUUGAUUCAAAACACCUAAAGUCUAUAAAUCUAUCAAACACAAAAUUAACUUAUUUGGAUAAGAGUUUUUUUGAUAUGCUUCCAGACAUAAAUGAGCUAAUUUUAAACAACCUUCCACUUGAACAACCUGUUGAAAUAAAUACUUUUGCUUCAUUGGUUUCUCUCAUUAAUUUGGAGUUAAGACAUAGCAAUUUACAGGAGUUUCCAGAGAGCAUUGUUUUCAGUUUGCCAAUGUUACAAUCUCUAAAUAUUUUUGACAAUGUUUUUACAUGUGGGUGCUCAAUAUUAUGGCUUUACAAGGAAAGUUGGAUUCAGCGGUUUUGGUCAAAUGAUAUAAAUUUUCAUCAAUUUUUGUGCAGAGACAAAAUAACUUUUCAUUUAUAUUAUUUGUCAAAAACAAACAGUACAGAAAUUUGCAUUCCAACGUGGAGUGAAUGGUCACCAUGUCUCUCAACUUGUAGUGAUAACUUCAAAGAUCAAAGCAGAAGUGCAGAUUGCAUAGUUGAUAAUGCCAACUGUAAAGAUGGGAAGUUUUAUGAAGUGAGAAAGUGUGAGGCAAAGGGAUGCUCUGAAAUCAGUAAUCUAGUCAAUGAAGGUUGGUCAUUGUGGUCGUCAUGGUCUCCAUGCUCUUCAACCUGUGGGGUAGGUCGAAUGUCAAGACAACGAAUAUGUAAUAAUCCUACGUUCAGAAGUGAUAGGCUGUGCCUUGAUGAUAGUUUGCAAUUUGGGCCUUGCAUAUCUGAACCUUGUCCUAUUGAAACAGAAAGUAAGAUGAACUUUGCACCGUUAGAACUAAAACAAGCAGAAGAUCAUGCAAAGGGAGUUUCCAGUAGUGUGCAUAUUGCAAUAGGCUUUGGUCUCUUUGGAUUCUUUAUUGUUGUGGUUGCAGUUUAUAUGAAGUGCAAAAAUCGCAUACAUAUUGGCAAAGGAGCGUUUAGCAAAUCGCCUGAAAAAGACUUUUCUAACUUAGUCUCAUCAAGCACCAAAAGUUUUUUAAAAGAUAAAUGGAAGUUUCUUUACAAAAAUAAAGAUAACAUUCCUCCUGUGCCUGGAAAGUAUAGAGGUUUUUUUCCGACCUAUGCUGAAGAUUCUUCAAAUAUCGCAAAAGUUAUUCCUCGAAGGCCUCUUGAAGACGACUUCAAUAUUCCUGAACACAUCAGGGCGAUGCAGAUUCAAUCUCGAAGUCAAUUUAUUCAAGAAAAUGUUUCUGAUACUCGUCUGAAUCACCCAUUACAAAAACCUCAACCGCCAUCACAACGAACCCAACCGCUGCCACAACGAAUAUCCUCAGAAGGAAUGUACUGUACUGUAAAUGAAUCAGCUGGUCCUUCUCGCAUUGCGCAUCGUCAUUCAGAAACAAUUGAGCCUUACGACGAUACAGAAUUUUAUAUUGAAGUAAAGCAAUCCCAUCACGAUCUACAUGAUCCAGAAGAUGAGACAAACGAUAAUAAAAAACGAGGGAUCUUUUUUAAUAUGUUUUAGAUCAAUUAGUUUAACUUUUAA